AUGAAGCCAUCUCAAGUUUUCCUCGGCAUUGUUGCCGCUGGUGUUCAGUUUGCCGCUGCAGCUACGCCUCCAGGUUCUGAACCUCAAGUGCCUAACACCCUGGGUCUUGCGUUUGAGAAGAACAUCGUGCAACCCGGCGAACUGAUCGAUCAAGCCGUCGCCGAUGCAGCACAACCAACCCUCUACGCCCCCCACCCAAAACUCAACAACCGCAACCUCAAAAAACACAAACCGCCCGGUGGCCACAACGACAAGACCUACCUCUUCACCUUGGUCGAUUUAAACCUACCUUUCUUCGCCCUCCCCAACACCACAGACUUUGCUUCUUUGGUGCCCGGCAUCGGUCCAAACCGCACGACACGCCUGCACUGGUUCGAAUACAAUGUUCACGCCAUCCCUCCCCGACAGACCCUUCAGAACUUUUCGGCGCCGAUUGCAGAGUAUCAAGGUCCCAUGCCGCCGUUGGGAGACGAGCCGCAUAACUAUGUGUUGUAUUUGUUUGAGCAGCCCGAGGGCUGGAAGCCUGAUUUGAGCAAGGCGGCUGCGUAUGCGAAUGCCAGCGACUCGUUUGCGAGGAUGAAUUUCUCGGUGGCGGCGUUGGAGGCACAGGUUGGCAAGCCUGUUGCUGCAAACUACUUUUUGGUGGAGAAUGAGAACAACACCAAGAGUGCUUGA